GAAACCAAAAUUAGAGACAUAAAUGGAGAAAAGAUCCCAAUAAUUGUUUGCCAAGAGAAAAAUAAUGAUAAUACUAAUUGUGAUACAUCAUAUGUCUAUACUAGCAGAUCAACAGGAAAUGCAAUCGUGCAUCUCCGAAAUGCGCAUGAAAUAAUUAAACAAGGAAAAACUAAAAAUAAUAAGCAAGGUGUAUCAAAUAUUAAAAAACAUUCUGAGGCCCGGCAAAAUCAAUUAAGACAGUCACUUACAACAUGGGUUAUAAAAGAUUCACAGGCAAUUUAUGUUGUAAGCAAUGAGCUCAACACUUUAGAUACUCAAACAUUAUGUUCAAAAUCACCUGUUGAGGUUCUCGAACAAUGA